UGCUUAGUGAACAUAAAAGAGGAAAGGAUAUUUUUCUCUGGUGGUCAGGACUUGUGUGUUUGGAGUGAAAAGGGAGAACUGCUGGAUAAAAUGCAGAGGAACAGUGAAGACUCUGAUAUCAACACAUUGCUUCCACUAAAGAAUAACCGGAUAGUGGCUGCCUCAAAUAAAUUUUCACUUGUGAUAUAUUCAGUGAUGAGGAUCACAGAUGAUUCCCAAAAUCUGAAAAUAGUUGAAGUCAAGAAACUUUCACCCCACAGGGAAUCAAUUAGAUGCCUUAUCAGGGUAGCAGACAGCAUGUUUGCAUCAGCAUCAUUGGAUGGAGCCAUUGUUUUGUGGAGCUCUCAGAGACUUUCUUUUAUGCGACAGUUUAACUUUGUGAAGGACUAUGAAGGACAAUAUCACACCUAUCCUGCUAGUGCUCAGCAUAUCUUUACUGUUGACCAGAAAUACAUUUUGGCUUCAAUUGGGCAUGGAUUUUUCUUGUAUGACACUAUGUCAGGAAACUGCCUUGCCAAAGUCACGAAUGCACAUCACGGGAAAAUAAUUCACUCUGUGCUGUUAUGCAAAGGUUAUCUUUUGGCAACCUGUUCAGAGGAUGGCUCUGUGAGAAUUUGGGGAUCACCAAAUCCUCUUUUAGUCUGUGAUGGUUCUACGUCGCAAUCCUUUAAUUUACAAGUGGAGAGAUUUCUUGGUAGAAGUAUUUCAGAAGUGCAAAAUAUCAAGUCACCAAUAACUCCAGCACUUCUUGGAGAGUGUCUGGCCCAUACUGGCGCCAUAAAU